CUUUACAAUCGUGUUUUUUUAUUUUUUUUUGGUCUCUCUUCAACAGAACUUUAAAUCCUGUAUUUGAAACAAAAUUUCACAAGCGGCUUUUUGAUCUUUUUGAUUUGUCAAAGGGCUUUUUAGUUUCAUUAAUCUUUUCUUUGGUUGUUUGUUGAGAUUCCUGCAAAGAUUAUCCUCAUGCCCGACGACGAUAAAGAAGAGUUGCAGGAAUCCAAGGAAGAAGACUCCUUCGUUUGGGACAACGAUACGCAGCUCUACAUCCAUCACAGUAGUGGGUUUUAUCAUGAUCCAAAUGCUGGCUGGUAUUAUUGUAGCAAGGAUGGUCGUUACUACAAGCAUGAGAAUGGUGAAUAUCUUCCCUUAAAAUAUGACGAGUCUGGCGUGAACCCUCCUGGUGAUCUAUCCGAAGAUGAUUCAAGCAGAAAUUAUGCUCUUGCUCAGGCUGAGAAUGUAGAAAAUGAGUUUAAAGUUUCACUGAGUAAUCCUGAAGAAGCUCCUUCAGGGUACUCAAAUGACCAGGAACAUAAACAUCCUCAACGACCUUCCUCAUGGGUGGAAGAUGCACUUAUUGAACUUUAUCUGGCUGGUUAUAAACAACAGCCCAGUAAUUCCAGCUAUAAGAUGCCUUCAGGGGAAUAUACUCAGGAUCAUCAUAUGUUGUCAGCUAAUGGAGAUGAUGAUGCUGAGGAACUUGAAGAGGGAGAAUGGAUUCCUGAAGAGGAUUUUGAUCCACAGGAAGAGAACUUUUAUGAAGUUUCAUUUCUAGCUGCUCCUUCAAGCGAGGAAGAAAGAUGGCUAGCACAAUAUGGUCAAGUCAUCGAAUUCCCAGAGAAGACCCUGCCUGAGAUCCCGUCUGUUGAUUUGUGGGAUUGGAAACUUGUUUGUGAAACCAAAGAAGCUUUAGCUGACAAUAAACAGGUGGCUAGGUUAGUAGGGAGGCUGGUCAGACGGUCUGCCAACCUUCAUCCAUCUGUGGCUUCUGGUGGCACACUUCUCAAAACUGCUCCAAUUUGUGAAGCACGACUUCACCUUGUGCGAGUUAAGACAGGUCAGGUCUAUAAACUUCGAAAUCCUAGUGCCAAAUACCUUGCAUCCUUGUCAGUAUAUGACUCCUCCAACCCAACAAAAGAUUGGGGAUUCCCUGAUAUUUCAACUGCAUGGCAAAAUCCUGAUACAAAACGCAAAGUUAAGAAGGUGAAACCAAAAACUGACUGCAAAAUUACACUGAAGCAUCGUGAAAUCGAGAUGACUAAAGAGCAGGAGACAAAACACAAAGCUAAGAAGGUGAAAUCAAAAACUGACUGCAAACUUACAGUGAAGCCUCGUGAAGUCGACAUAUUUGAAGAGCAGGAGACAGAAAGAAAAGCUAAGAAGGUGAAACAAAAAACUGACUGCAAACUCACAGUGAAGCCACGAGAUGAAGUCAAUAUGAUUGAAGAGAGAAGCUGUACAUACAGAGAUAGAGCCGCUGAGAGAAGAAAUUUGCAUGGCGGAUAUGGUGUUGGGCCAGGUCAAAAAGGAACAAUGGUGGGCCAGAACAUGGACGAGCAUUCAGUUCCCGACACAGCUUCUAAAGAAGAGGCAGCAACAGAAGCAUUAGAGUUAUCAUUUGGAUCUGGAAGCUAUGCAAGGAGGAUAAUGGGAAACAUGGGAUGGAAGGAGGGUGAGACGCUCGGGAAGAAUACAAAAGGUUUGGUUGAACCGAUACAAGCUGUGGGCAACACUGGGAAUGUAGGGCUAGGUUUUCCUCAAAGGAGAAGGAAAUAAUCUGAGGAACCAGAUUUUUAACAGGUUCUCUCUUUAUGGGACUCUUUAAGGUGUUCAUACAUUACAUGAGAAUGUGAAGCUGUGUAACUAUAGUACGUGGAUUGGCUUUUAUAACAAAGCUUCUAUGAGACUGAGGUUGCAUAAAUUAGAUAAGGCAAGAAAAAUGAAUGAAAACAAUGUAUUUUGAUUGAAACAGUCAAUUUAAUAUCCCAAUUAGAGAUGUCCAGUGUUCUUUUGGUUGAAAAAGUCAAUUUAAUAUAUAAACGGAUUAGCCAA